AUGGCGGGAUACUGUGGCCUCCUUCACGGCUUCCUGGUUUCUCGGAGGCCUGCGCCUGGUCCAGCCAAGGAUUCUGUGGGCGGAAGGACGGGUCCCGCGGCGCCGGACGUUGUGGAGAUCAGCUCCGAUGAGGAGGAGGAGGAGGAGGACGGAUCUCCCCCCGUGGCCAGGAAGCUGCGUUUUGACGAUGCAGCUGAUGGCGGGGUCUGCGAUCUCGUGGUGAAGAAGGGCGAGUCCGGUGGUGCCGACGGCGUUGGCGAGGACGACGGCGACUGCGUGGUUCUGGACGGCGACCCUUAUGCGGCCGUCGCCGUUGCGGAUGAGGACGGGGCUGCGGGGAACGAUGGCGGCUCGGAUGAGUUGCAGAUAGUUGCAGAGAAAGGCCAGGUAGCAUGCCGCGACUUCCCUCACUCACGCCAUUUAUGUUCUACUAUGCCCUUCGGCGCUACCUCCCACGAGAAGCACUGUACCAUGUGCUACUGCUUUGUAUGCGACGCCCCAGCUCCGUGCGCUUAUUGGGGUAAAGGUCUCUCGGCUGAUGAUCAUUGUCAUGCUACGGAUAAGGAAACAAAAUGGAAAACGAUGAGGCUUGCAUUCAAGUGCAAAGGGCUUCAGGCAUCUCAUCCAGAAAAGGAAAACCUUGUAUACCCUACAAUGGUGCACCCAACAGUGACAUCAGUUUUCAGCCGCCUUUCACUUGCCAACCGGAGUCCUCUUCGGAAUGUUGUGAACCGAAACCAAGAAGGUCAUACUUCAGUUAGAGCGCCACUGAAUGUACAGCGAACUGCCAGUGCACCAAGCCCUGCGACAAGAGCAAGCAAUGCUCACACUGCUCAGGUUACUCACCUAGUAGAGCCGACUAUCAGUGCACCAAGGCCACACCCCGCAAUAAGAGCUUCAAGUGGUACAAGCAAUGCUCACACCGCUCAAGUAACUCCCCCUUUAGAACCAACAGUCAUUGCAGCAAUGCCACACCCUGCGAUAAGAGCUGGAAGAGUUACAAGCAAUGCUCACACUGCUCAGAUCACUCAACCCAUAGAUCCAACUGCCGGUGCACCAAGAGCAAACCUUGUGAUAAGAGCUGCAAGAGAUACACACAAUGGUUACACUUCUCAAAUUAGUCACCGUGUGGAGCAAACUGUCAGUGCAUCAAGAGAAUACGCUGCAACUGCUGCGACGAGAGCUGCAAGACAUGCUAGCAAUGCUCACACCGCUGAAAAUACGUACCCUUCCACUGCCUUCAGCUACCUGCCAGAGCCAGACAGGCAUGAAGAGGACAGGGAGUACAUGACAGAGGAGGAAUACGUGCGAGAUGGCACAAAGUUGUAUGUUGGGAACCUACCUUACAACAUUGGCAACAGGGCCCUCGCGUUGAGCUUCGAGCAUGCCGGCGCCGUCCUGUCCUCGAAGGUCGUUUACGACAGAGAAACAGGCCAGAGCCGUGGAUUUGGGUUUGUCACCAUGGGUACUGUUCAGGAGGCUGAGAGGGCUGUGAGGAUCUACCAUGGCUAUGAAGUGUACGGCAGACGUCUGAUUGUGCGCAAGGCAGCUCCUAGAGGCGCCAGUUGGGUGGAAACUCCUCGGCGCCGAUCUUGGCAUCGGUUCGGAAUCUACGUGGGAAAUCUGCCGUGGCAGGUGGACGACUCUUGGUUGGAGGAGCUGUUCAGUGAGCACGGCGAUGUGUUUGAUGCAAGAAUCGUGUACGAGCGCAGAGGAGGGACCUGGCGUUCGCGGGGUUUUGGUUUUGUCACGAUGGCGAGGGAGGAGGAAACUUAUGACGCUGUUUAUGCUCUGAACAAACAGAUUCUUGAGGGACGUACCCUGCUAGUGGAGGUUGCCAAGGAGCGGCCACGGCGAGGCUUUUACUGA